GUCUGUGUUAAAAUCUUCCGGCUGAGAGGGCUGAAAAUUUUGAUGUACGACUGUGUUAUCAUUUAAAGAUCACCAGACAAAAUUUCGAGUGUUUAUAUAUAGUUGAUUAUUGUACGAAAAAAGUCGCGUAAUUAUGGCAGCGAGAUUAAUGAACGCUCAGGCACAGGUGUGCAAACUGGGCAAACAUGUUGUGGAUCCCAUGUCACGUCAAUUUCAUGCUUCCUGCUACACCGCCUCCAAGGUGGCCCUGUCGAAAUUCGACUCGGACGUCUAUAUGCCCUACGAUAAGCUGAACAAGCGUCUGGAUGUGGUGCGCAGUCGUCUGAAUCGCCCUCUGACUCUGUCCGAGAAGGUUUUGUAUUCGCAUUUGGAUGAUCCGGCGAAUCAGGAUAUUGUGCGUGGCACUUCGUAUCUGCGUCUGCGUCCCGAUCGUGUGGCCAUGCAGGAUGCCACCGCUCAGAUGGCCCUGUUGCAGUUCAUCUCCUCUGGAUUGAAGAAGGUUGCUGUACCCUCGACCGUGCACUGCGAUCACUUGAUCGAGGCUCAAAUUGGCGGACCCAAGGAUUUGGCCCGUGCCAAGGAUCUGAAUCGUGAGGUUUACGACUUCUUGGCAUCGACGUGUGCCAAGUAUGGCCUGGGCUUCUGGAAGCCAGGCAGCGGUAUCAUCCAUCAGAUCAUCCUGGAGAACUACGCUUUCCCCGGUCUGCUGAUGAUCGGCACUGACUCGCACACGCCUAAUGGCGGUGGUCUCGGUGGCCUGUGCAUUGGUGUCGGUGGUGCCGACGCUGUCGAUGUCAUGGCCGACAUACCCUGGGAGUUGAAGUGCCCCAAGGUUAUUGGUGUGAAUUUGACUGGCAAGAUUAGCGGCUGGACCUCGCCCAAGGAUGUCAUCCUGAAGGUGGCUGAUAUUCUGACCGUCAAGGGCGGCACUGGUGCCAUCAUUGAAUACCACGGCAAGGGUGUUGAUUCUAUCUCUUGCACGGGCAUGGCAACCAUUUGCAACAUGGGUGCUGAAAUCGGUGCAACCACCUCGUUGUUCCCCUUCAAUCAGCGCAUGGCUGACUAUCUGAAGUCCACCGGUCGCGGUGGUAUCGCCUCCGAAGCCCAGAAGUUCCAGUCCAAGAUCUUGUCCCCCGACAAGAACUGCGAAUACGAUGAGCUGAUUGAAAUCAAUCUGGAUACACUGGAACCGCAUGUGAAUGGUCCAUUCACUCCAGAUUUGGGUCACCCCAUUAGCAAGCUGGGCGAGAACUCGAAGAAGAACGGCUAUCCACUUGACAUUAAGGUUGGCCUGAUUGGAUCCUGCACAAAUUCCUCAUACGAGGAUAUGGGUCGCUGUGCCAGCAUUGCCAAGGACGCCAUGAGCCACGGAAUCAAGUCAAAGAUUCCCUUCAAUGUGACACCCGGCUCUGAGCAGAUCCGUGCAACCAUUGAGCGUGAUGGCAUCUCUGAGGUGUUCGACAAGUUUGGCGGCACUGUGCUGGCCAAUGCUUGUGGCCCAUGCAUCGGUCAGUGGGAUCGUAAGGAUGUGAAGAAGGGAGACAAGAACACCAUUGUCACCUCGUACAAUCGCAACUUCACCGGUCGCAAUGAUGCCAAUCCGGCUACUCAUUGCUUUGUGACCAGUCCCGAGAUGGUCACUGCUUUGUCGAUUGCCGGUCGCCUGGACUUCAAUCCGUUGACGGAUGAGCUCACUGGCUCUGAUGGCAAGAAAUUCAAGCUGAAGGCACCCUUCGGUGAUGAGCUACCCGCCAGGGGCUUCGAUCCCGGUCAGGAUACCUACACCGCGCCACCAGCUUCCGGCGAUAAUGUCAAAGUUGCUGUGGAUCCCAAAUCGCAGCGCCUGCAGCUACUGGAGCCCUUCGACAAAUGGAGCGGCAAGGAUUUGACCGAUAUGACUGUACUGAUCAAGGUUAAGGGCAAGUGCACCACAGAUCACAUCUCCGCCGCUGGCCCCUGGUUGAAGUAUCGUGGACAUUUGGACAACAUUUCCAACAACAUGUUCAUUGGCGCCACCAACUACGAGAACAAUGAGAUGAACAAGAUUAAGAACCAGCGCACCGGCAACUGGGGAAAUGUGCCCGAAGUCGCUCGCGACUACAAGGCCAACAACAUUAAGUGGGUGGCCGUCGGUGAUGAGAACUACGGCGAGGGCUCAUCCCGCGAGCAUGCCGCACUCGAGCCACGUCACUUGGGCGGACGCGCUAUCAUUGUGAAGUCGUUUGCUCGCAUCCACGAGACAAACCUGAAGAAACAAGGUCUGCUGCCAUUGACCUUUGCCAAUGCCGCCGACUACGAUAAGAUCCAACCUACAAGCAAGAUUUCACUGGUGAAUCUGAACAGCUUGGCACCCGGCAAGCCCGUCGACUGCGAGAUCAAGAACGGCGAUAAGGUGGAAAAGAUUAAGCUAAACCAUACGCUCAACGAUCUGCAGAUCGGCUGGUUCAAGGCGGGCAGCGCUCUUAACCGCAUGAAGGAGUUGGCCAAAUAAGUUACUUAGUCCCCCUCUCGAGCAGCCUUACAUACACACAAACACUCAAAACACACAGCCACACAUAUAGUUACUUAUAUAUGCCCGACAUGAAACGCAAGCAAUCAAAUUAUGGUAUUGUUGUUUUAUUUAAAAAAUUAUUUGUUUAAUUUUUU